CAUUGUUCUUUUGAUGUAUUUGUUCUUCUCGAAGGAAACUCCAGUGAUUCAGAAGAAGAAGACCGGAGUGCCAGCAGCAUCGAAAAUCAGGCCAUCCCAAACCCUCACAGGGUGCCCGAUUCCAAAUCGCAUCCACCACACAUCAAAAUAGACAUCAUCAGGAAAGUGCAGGCCAAAAAUACGCAGCGCUAUAAAGUGGAAUAUGAUUCGCAGAGUACAGAUACACUGAAUUUCUCUUCUGAAUCCAAGCAAGAGACUGAAUACGGUCCCUGUCGUAGAGAAAUGGAAGACACUUUAAACCACCUAAAGAUCCUGAAUGUCUUGAGUCCCAGGGGCUUUCAUAUUCCAAAUUGUGACAAGAAGGGGUUCUACAAGAAAAAGCAAUGUCGUCCAUCCAAAGGCCGAAAGAGAGGUUACUGCUGGUGUGUGGAUAAAUAUGGACAGCCGCUUCCUGGGUAUGAUGGGAAGGGAAAAGGAGAUGUCCACUGCUAUAAUUUGGAAAGCAAAUGAGGGCUGGGUGCCAGCUCUUCUGGCAUCUGUGCGUGGCCACUGGACCUCACAGAAACCAUGGAGGGGCUGGGCAAACACUGUGGACUGCAUUGCGCGUGGAGUACCGAGCUCUGCCUCCCACGGCGGAUGGGGAGUCGCAGCUUCCGCGGACACUGCUGCAGCAGCUGCGCCCCGCCACCAACACACGUUGGGCUGCCUACAAGACUUGCAGGGAGCUCUGAAUUCCCACGUAAACCUGCACUAUUGAUACCCAGAGAGAGAGAAAAACAAAAGGCACUUCAGAAUGGAUUCAGGGAGUCUCCACUGACUUUUUAAAGAACAGCCUGUGACCAAUUUGAUCCUGAAAGAUAUUGUUUUUUUAUUUUAAAGAAUUUAUAGAUUGUAAACUUCUAAGAGUAUUAAAGAAAAAAAACAAACCCACAAGGAUUUAAAGGUUAAUCAUUUUUUUACAGGUCUGAUGGGAAACUUAUCUUCACGGGUAAAAAGUUUUAUAAAAAUCUCAAAGAACUUUUUAAAGAAACGUAUUUCUAAAAUAAAGACAUUGGUAUUUUUUUCUGUAAAAUAUAUUAUGAAUAUUCUGUUAGUCUGUAUUUAAUAUAAUUUUUUUUAAUAAACUUUAUUUAAAUGUAACAUGUGAAUACCAAAUACUACACAAUAAUUCUAGUGUAUACUUCUGUAUGCAAAGAGAAAGUAAGGGUAUGGAAUGAUUUACAAAUAUGUAUAGAUCCAUAUGCAUACACACUGACCUAUUCUAGAUAAUAGAAAUGAAUUUGUGGAGCAAAGGAAGUGUUUCCAGAAGAUAUUAAGUUCUUGUUUGAAGUAACUACAAGUACCAAGAUAAUAUUUUUUUUUUUUUAAUAUUUUUUUAAAUUUUAUUGGUAUUUCUAAUGUACCCAUUACUGAAUUAUGCCACUGGAAAGGAUAAUAGUUGCACUGAAGCUCUUGGUGAAGCAUUCUUCUGUCUGUCCUUUGCUUCAGUUUGUGCAACAGGGCUUACAUUUCCUCCAUUUCCUCCUCACACUAAUGUAGAAUGAAUAUUUGUGGACAAAAAAUUGCCAUCACAGUACCACCCUUUCUAUUUGCUUAUUUAUUUUGAAAAGCUGUAUCUAUUCUGUGUUGUCUUGGUAAAUUCUACAAAAGCACAUAUUCUGUAUGAGGAACUCCUGUUUAUAACAAUGCUGACAAGAUGGGGGGAUUGUGGACCUGGGUGUUGAGACCCACGUGCUUCAUUUACGCUACACACAAUUGUUGUUUGCUUUGACUUUGGUAGAAAUUAUUUGCCUGCAUCUAAGCAUAGAAUAAGAACCAUUGGGUUUAAAUAUUUAAACCAAUUGUCUGCCAUGAUGUUAUAUGUCCUUUUAAUCGGAAGAGAAGUGAUUUGGUUUUGUUCUGGUAUGUGAUGCUUUCACAUUAAGGAAGACUUUGGCAAUAUUUUUUUCAUUGAGGCUGAUUGUUUACUGAACUUCAUGACAAAUUCUGUAUGACAAUGAAAUCUGGAUAAGGAAAGGUGGCCUGUGAAAUGUAACAUCUCUGGAAAGUAAUGCCAUAUUUUGUAUAUGUAUUUAUUUAUAUAUUUUAUAUAAAUAUUUUAUAUAUUUAUAUAAAUAUAUAAUAUAUUCUUAUAUGUGUCACUAUAAAUGUUUGAUGUCACUGUAGAAAAAAAACAUCAACACUGUUAUUUCCUGUUGGGUUGGGAACUGAGGGCAGUGGGUUUCCAGCCUGUGAGGCCAGGGGUUGUGCUGUUGGAGGGGAGACUGUGGGGCCAAGGAGCCCAUUUCUCUCCUGGCCCAUGAAUUACAACUACCCUUGUUCCUGCCAGCAAUGGCAAAUGCCUUGAAACUCUGACAUGGAAAGGUUUGGGUAUGCAGCCUGCCAGGAUCGAGAAAGUCAAUCACCCUAAUUUAAAGCCUUACCCUGUGCAUUCUUCACAUCCUCCUAAUUUCUAUUAUAUCUAAUGAAAUUAGAUCACAUCAUCGUUAAAACUGAUUUUUUUUAACCUUAGAGUAAGGA